AUGGACGAAUGCUUGGCUCAGAUAGAGAAUUAUACAGACAUAUCGAACGCUUCCUGUAGCGCGUAUCAAGAUUUUUCCCUGGAUUGUUGGUGCCAAGCCAGUCAAGCAAUCGACAGUUGUAGUCCCGAUGGUGGCUUUAUCGACUACCUUGGUGGUGCUUUGUGUACUCUUAUGUGCCGCUCUUCAGAUUUGUAUUGGAUCUAUGUGGUGUAUAUCCUCUGGCUGUUAUGGUGGUGUCUCAGCCUGGCCUUUACAGCCGACACAUUUUUCGUGCCCGUCGUGCAGUGGAUUGCUGCCAUUUUGGGAAUGAAUGAAACGCUAGCGGGGGUGACAAUUGUCGCUCUUGGAAACGCUGGGCCGGACAUCGCCGGCGGUUUCGCCGCAUUUGGCCAAAUCGAUGCAGAAACAAGCCGUAUCGUGUUCAACUCGCUGCUUAGUGGUGGAUUUUUCGUGAUUUCCUUGUUGCCUGCGAUCAUUUGCCUUUGGACGCCGAUGAUUCCUGCUAGAAGGCCGUUUUUGAGGGACAACUUGUUUUACGUCUUGUCUUGCAGUGUCUUCUUUGUCUUCUCGUAUACGGAUGGGAGAAUACAGUGGUACGAAUCGUUGAUUCUUCUUCUCAUCUACUGCGCGUAUGUCGCCACAGUUGUCGGAGGAAACUGGUAUUACCGCAAAAAGUACCCUCACAAAUACAUUCGUGGACCAGACGGCAUGUUUAUUCGGGAAAAGAGCUAUUUUCUCAAAGAUAUUCUUGCCGAAGAAAAAGCCGCCGGACAAUCCAACGAUGCUUUCCAGCCAACGGAUGAUAUUGAUCACAAAGAUUUUUCCUGUCAAGCAUUCGACACCUUAGAUAUUCCACACAGUCAAGAUGGCCCACAGGAGACAAGUUUCCAUACCAUUGACACCAAAUCUGUCAAAUCUGCAAAAUCAACAGUCCGCAUCCGCCUCAACGGAACUAUGGAGCAGCCUGAGCAUUUGACAAGGUCCGGGACAAUCAGAAGUCGUAUCUCCAUUCCAGCGAUUUCGAAGCACCGGAUGAGGUCGCUUACCUCCGCCUCGAUGUAUUCGGACUGUCAAGCUGUCGCUGAAAAGAUGUCCGUUCCGGUCAAAAAUUGGAAAGAUGAAAUCAAGAACUGCUUCAAAUUGAUUGAAAAGGACGACGAUUGGGAGAGUCAAACAUGGAUCAGCAAGACCAUUGCAAUCCUUAUGGUUCCAUUUUAUCUCGGUGGACGUUGGACGAUCCCGCAAUUGCCAAUUAACAAUGAUAAACGACAAGCUGUAUGGAACAAGCCUCUCGCCAUGAUUCAGGCAUUUUUAGUGCCGAUUGUGUUUUGCGUGUUUCUGUAUCAAUAUCGAAUGCCAGCUUUUGGUCCUCUUCCUCGGAUCGCCUUGUCCGUCAUUAUUGGUUUUGCUCUGUCUCUUUUCGUUGGCGUUACUACAGACCUCCAAAAGCCACCAAAGUACUGGUCCGUUUUCCCUUUUGUCGGCUUCGGCACUGGCAUGCUUUGGAUCUACAUCGAGGCUAAUGAGAUUCUCAACAUUCUCACCGCUUUAGGCACGUUCUGGAAUGUGUCUAACGCCGUCAUGGGUCUCACCUUCCUCGGCUGGGCGAACAACGUUGGAGACUUUGUUGCCGAUCUUACGAUUGCUAAGGAAGGUCAAUCUAGAUGUGCAUUUUCUGCCGCUUUUGCGGGACCUCCCCUCUACCUUCUCGCUUCCGUCGGACUCGCCUGCUUCGUAACUUCGGCUGCUAAUGGCUUCGUGGAUAUUCCAAUCAAUAUUCAAAAUGUGGAGAUUGUUCUUUACAUCAGUCGCAUUUGUGAUAUCGCUCCUAACAGGCUUGGAAAUCUUGUGGCCUCCAACUGCGGAGAUGAACAGGAUUCGCUGCCAGGAGGAGAAAAUAUGGUCGUCUGUCCUCCAGGAUCUGAAUUUGUGAAGGAAAUUAAAGGCGAUCCAGGAGACAUUUGUAAUUAUGGAUUGUCCCCAAUCUUUGCCGAAGCUGAUCAAGUGCCCACCGAGAACAAAACUUCUAGGACCACUUCAAGUCGAUGUGUUUGCCAUCAGCCACGCGACUCGGCUAAGGCAGGAUACGUGCUUACCCGUUACAAGGGCUGUAUUCCAAAAGAGGAUUGUUGCGCUGAUAAUAAUGCAGAACUGACGCUCGUGGAAGAAAAUGGACAAAAAAAGUACACGUGCGUUUGUAAAAGAGCUUUUGAAGAAGUUACUUAUCGGAGUCUCUGGGAAGGGAUGGUUACUACAUGUGCAGAAAAAUGUCCUGAAAACGAAGUAUACAGUGGAUGUUUGGCAAAUGAAGCUGACUGCCACAUGAUUGCCAAGCCGAGAAUAUGCAUUGCAGGAUGCGCUUGCAAAGAAGGAUUCAAACGAAUCGGAAAGAAGUGCGUCAAACCGAAAGAAUGUCCAGUUUGUCCCAAAGGCGCGAUUUACAACAGCCCACCAAAUAAGUAUUUUGAAAGAAGCUCUCUUGGACCCGCCUAUUCUCCGGUUAAAGACAAGUACGGAGGAGCCUGCCAAUGCCCCUUUCACCAAACAAGAGGACCUGGCGGUAGUUGUUUGGAUGAACAAGCUGUCUGUGAAAAAUAUGGCGGUUUAUAUGAUGCUUCCAAUAAAAACGCCAGGGUUCCUGGAUUUCAUGUUUCAAAAUGGUGUAAUGACAUUAUCCCCAAAACUCUGAUGCGUACUGCUAAUCGACCCUGCCAAUGUCCCGAAUUUCAUUUGCUAACAGAAUAUUAUGAUAAAGAAGCUGGGCUAAGAGGAGUCAAAUGUGUUCACUUUUCGCAAUGCAAUAAGUUCAGCGAACAAAUUCAGGAAGAAAAAGAGAAUUUCUCGCCUGUGCAUAUUUUCCCGAGCAUGAAGCUGAUCGUUUUCCUUGGUGCUGGAGUCUUGGCUCAAGACCAAACAACUGCAAAUUUUGAUGAAACUACUACUGCGACUACACAGAGUACAAUUCUUGAGUACGAUUACGAUUAUUACAACGGCAACUCAUCGGCUCUACUUGGGCUAGAUGGCCGAUCGCUAUCAUCAAAUAAGGAAGCUCGGAAAAAGCGAAAAGAAGCAAAAGCUCAGAAGAAAGCUAAUAAGAAGAAAAACAAGCUUUCGCAACAAGUAACUCUUAUCUAUGCCGGAACUUAUGCUCCAACUCCUCCGACUAGUACAACAACAAAAGGAUACACAACAACAUCCUCAACAACCACUUCGACCACAAGUACAACUACAACUACCACGACAACUUCAACUACAACAUCCACAACGUCAAUGACGACAACGACAUAUUCACAGUCAACUACGUCUUCCACAACAACAACACCAACAACAACACCAACAACAACAUCAACAGACUAUGAAACAACCACAUCUGCUUACGACAUCAACCCUUACGCUGAUGUCCCUCAAGGAUUCGAGGGAAGCUACAGUAAUAUGGUCAAUGGCUACAGCGCGGGUUACAAUGACGGGACCAAUUAUGGAAACUCGAACUACGGAAACAAUGCUCAAUACGAUAAUGCUGAUGGCAUAAGCUGCUUCCACUGCGAUGCGAAAAAUUAUGACGAGUGUGCGAAAAUUGGGAAGUGGAAGCAGUGCCCCGAAAAUGCUGGUGUUUGCAUGGUUGAGAUGAGAAAGCGUGGUGGAAAGAUUGAAAGCGUUUGUAUGGGAUGCAAGCAAAAACGAGCAUGCCUCGACAACAAGAAGCAAAACUUCAAGGGAAAAUUCUGGCAAUGUCGACCAAAAGCAACCUCGGGCCCGUCUGUCUGUCGACAGUGCUGCAAGGACGGCGAGCAAUGCGAAAACUUCGAUGGUGUCAAUUACAAAGGCUGGAAUGCCAACCUUUUGCAAUGA